GUAUAUCUGUGGGCCACUAAAAUCAGCACCAUGAAGAUCCUGGUCUUGGUCUUGAUUUGUCUACACCUCUCAGAGGGUGUGGAAAGAAUCAUUCUGAAGAAAGGCAAGUCCAUCCGCCAGGUGAUGGAAGAGCGGGGUGUAUUAGAGACAUUCCUGAAGAACCACCCAAAGGUUGAUCCAGCCGCCAAGUAUCUUUACAAUAAUGAUGCUGUUGCUUAUGAACCCUUCACCAACUACCUGGAUUCCUACUACUUUGGAGAGAUCAGCAUUGGGACACCGCCACAAAAUUUCCUGGUCCUCUUUGACACAGGCUCCUCCAACCUGUGGGUGCCCUCUACCUACUGCCAAAGCCAGGCCUGCUUCAAUCACAACAGGUUCAACCCCAGCAGUUCCUCUACCUACAGAAACAGUGGGCAAACCUAUACACUGUAUUAUGGCAGUGGCAGCCUGACUGUGCUCCUGGGAUAUGACACUGUUAAUGUUCAGAACAUCGUCAUCAAUAACCAGCUAUUUGGUCUGAGUGAGAUUGAGCCCAGCAACCCCUUCUAUUAUGCAAACUUUGACGGUAUUCUGGGAAUGGCCUACUCCAACCUGGCAGUGGGCAAUGGCCCAACAGUUCUGCAGAACAUGAUGCAUCAGGGCCAACUCACCCAGCCCAUCUUCAGCUUCUAUUUCUCUCGCCAACCAACCUAUCAGUAUGGUGGGGAGCUCAUCCUGGGAGGUGUGGACUCCCAAUUUUAUUUUGGUGAGAUCGUCUGGACUCCUGUCACCCGGGAAAUGUACUGGCAGAUUGCCAUCGAUGAGUUUCUUAUUGGUAACCAGGCCACUGGCUUGUGCUCCCAGGGCUGCCAGGGGAUCGUGGAUACGGGAACCUUCCCACUGACUGUUCCCCAGCAGUACUUGGACUCCUUUGUGAAGGCAACAGGAGCCCAACAAGAUCAGAAUGGUGAUUAUGUGGUCAACUGCAACUCCCUACAGAGCAUGCCCACCAUAACCUUUGUCAUCAGCGGGACCCCAUUACCUCUGCCUCCCUCUGCCUAUGUCUUCAAUAAUAAUGGCUACUGCACGCUUGGGAUUGAGGCCACUUACUUGCCCUCCCCCACUGGGCAGCCCCUGUGGAUUCUAGGAGAUGUUUUCCUCAAGGAAUAUUACACUGUCUACGACAUUGGGAACAGCAGGAUGGGUUUUGCCCUCUCUAAGUAGACUAGCAAGAGGCAGCUGUCUCCACCCUCCUAGCAGAACUCUGGGAUUGCCCUACUGUUUCUCUGGGCUGACAGCAGCAUUUUAGACUAGUCUGGUUCCUCUGUGCACUAGAAUCUUACUUCCUGCAACUAAUAAAUCAAGAAUCUCCAAA